UAUGAAAGAGAAUAGGAUUCUAAUUUUUUAUAUAUUACUGUUUUGUUUUGGACAAACAAUUUUGGUGAGUGAAGUUGUUCAACAGGGAAUAAAUGACCAAACAAAUUUGGUAAAAGAAAGUAAAGAAAUUAUUAAAUUUGAAGAAAAAACUAAAAUCAAAGAAUUUGUAAAAGAAAUUAAAAUUUUAAAAAAUUAUGGGGAAGUUUCCGUUGAGGAUGAGUCCGACAAUGAGUAUGUAAAAACGCGGGCGAUUGUUAAUGGUAGCUUGACUAAUUUGAAAAGUUUUUCUUUUAAAGAGAAGUUGGAAAAAUUUUUGAAAUUUUUGGAAGAUUAUGUUAACAAUAAAUAUUUCUCGGAUAUGGAAUUACAAAAGGAGUUGAUAACAAAAAAGGGAACGAUAAAAGAAUUAACUGAAUUAGUUAAAAAAUUAAAUUUUUUGAGUAAAUUUGAAAAUUGUGAAAAAUUGUUUGAUCUGCUAAAUAAAUUAAAGCCGUCUUUUAAAGAGGAGGGACAAGAUAAACUUCAAUUUACAAUUCUUAUUAAUCAAUUACAAACAGAAAUUAUUGUUGGACAAUCUGAGAGGGGAUUUUCCUAUUUGGAAAUUGAGGAGUUUGGAAGUAAUUAUAAAAAAGAAAUUGUUGAUCAAAUGGAAUUUGUUAGAAAAGGAUUUACAAAUUCAAUUGAGAGUAGUAAAAAAAGUGGACUAAAUGAUGAGAAUAUUUUAAGCAAUUUUUGGUCAAAACAUGAAGAAAAUUUUAUUGAAGAAACAAUUUUUGAGAAAAAAGGUUUUUAUUUGACAGUCUACAACUAA